AUGGCGUCAUCACUGGAUCCGCGCGAAGCAGAGGACACGAAGACAGGACCGGCAGCAGGAGAUGGCGAGAAACCGCAGCAACAUGUCUCGAGCGCCGCCACAGCGUCGUCCUCUUGGGAGGCGGAUCGGGAGAUGGUGGUGGGUUCGACAGCAGUGUUCGUGGACAAGGUCGCCGAGAGGUCUUACGUACGAAAGCUGGAUUUCUACCUCCUGCCGAUGAUGAGCCUGAUGUACUUCUUCAAUUCGGUGGAUAGGAGCAACUUGGGUAACGCCAAAACGGACGGCAUGGACAAGGAUCUGGGGUUCGUUGGCGAGCAGUACUCGUUGCUGAUCCUCCUGUUCUACGUGCCCAACGGGCUGUGCGACCUUCCGCUCAACAUGCUGACCAAGCGUGCGUUUGAGGCAGGCUUCUUCGCGGGCGCCGUCUUUUACCUCACACUCUUCUACACCCGCGGCGAGCUCGGCUUCCGCAUUGCGAUUUUCUUUGGCAGCGCCAUGACCGUGGUGGUGGCUCUCGUCGCCUUCUUCUGGCUCCCAGCCUCGUCAGCCAGCGCCUGGUUUCUGACGCCUGCCGAAAAGGCGGCCGCUCUGGCGCGCACCCGUCGGGACGCCUCGGGCGCCGCAUCGGAAGAGUACGACGUAGGCGCCAUGUUCCGGAGCUGGCGCUCGUGGAAGUUUAUUCCGUGGUGCGUCAUCAGCUUCACGUACCCGGUCGCGUUCGCGACAGUGUCCAACUUCCUGCCGCAGAUCGUCGCGCGGCUGGGCUACAGCACCAUCAAGACGAACCUGUGGACCGUCGCACCCAACGCCGUGGGCUUCUGCUUCUUGCUGCUCGUCACUUGGUCCUCUGAUCGUCUACGGGAGCGCACGUUUCACAUCAUCUUCUCGCUCGCUGUCAGCCUUGCCGGCCUGAUCAUCCUCGCUGCUAUCGAUCCGCUAGCUCGGCCGGCCGUGGCAUAUGCGGCGACGUUUUUGCUGGCAGCGGGAGCGUAUAUUCCAUCUUGUCUCGUUCAUUCUUGGCAUAACAACAACAAUCUCUCCGAGAACGCGCGUGCGGCAACAACCGGGUUGCUUGUGGGGCUGGGGAACUUGGGAGGCAUCUUGAGCGCAGCAACGUUUAGGACUGAGUAUGCGCCUGCGUACAUACCGACGCUGGUCGCAACAGCGUGUUGCAAUGUCACAUGCAUGAUAUUCACGCUCGGAUUGGGCGGUUGGAUGAAGUGGGAGAACAGGAGGAGGGACCGCCUUAUGGGGUCCCCGUUGGUGCAAUGUCGCGACGCGUCCUUUUCGGCUAGCUCGGCCUUCUCCAGCACCUGCAGACCUCGUUCGCACCCAUUCCAAACCCGCAAGGUCUACGCGCUCUGCUGGGAGUGCAGGCGGCAGCGUGACGCGCUUCUGUCCGAGGCGGAGCACCGGGGCGAAGAAGUGCGAUUUGAAGAGUGGAAAUGGCGCAUGAAGUACCAGAGCCCUCAGGCCGAAGAGAGCUCGUGGGGCAAGUGGGAGGCAAGCAGCGGGCAGCGGUCGUCGCGGAUAGGGAGGAUGAGCGACAUGAUCAAGUCCGGGUUGCGGAAGAGCGGUGGUGAGAAGAAGUGA